UUCCACAUAACAUGUUACAUAGUUUGCAUAUUUGUUAUCCCUCCAUAUCUUUGGAAAUUGACAGCUAAGAGGGACCCAAUUUCAAACUGAGAAUCACUUUUAUUGUCUAGGACUCCAACUGCUUCUGUUUUGUUCCUUAAAUGUAUCUCCCUACUUGAUACAAGACUGAAGAGAACAUAUCUGCCAUUGUAAAUACUUUGGUCUUCUUAAGUAGCUUACAUCGCUCCCGUUCCUAAGGUAGGACAAACACUUGAGUCCUGUGACUCCUCCCUGGGUCUUUUACUCCAGCCUAGCAAUUGGGUUCUGGCAUGAGAUCCUUUUAUGUUAUAUGCAGACAAAUAUUUACUCUAGUUGUCAUUUUUACUGUUCUGAAAGAAAUGAAACAUUAUUCUGAUAAUGACAAACAUUAAAGUAGAAAAUACUAGUUAAUCCACUGUAGCCUUCAAAAUGUGGAACCCUUCCUUGUGCUAACACAUUUUUAGUCCGUAUCUGAAUGGAGCCACUUUACAAAACUCUGUGACUCGAGUUGUUGCACAUAAAAAGGUGUCUGUAAUAGAGUAAACGUGUAAUACAUCCUAACAACCACGUUGAGUUACAAAUACAGAACCAAGCUAUUAAAAUAUUGCAUAAAAGGCUAACUAAAUAUUCCGUGCAGGGGAGUAGGAUAACCGCGAGGUGGUGCUAUACUCACAAAAAUAAGUGAGCUAAGUGUAUAUGUGGAGAGAUUUCCUUUCUCAAAUCUCGAGAACAAAUAUAUUCCAGAAUGUAAUCUUAUCUUGAAUUAACAUGUUCACGUGUGAUGUAAAGCUUUCAGAUAUUAGUUUAUUUUACCGUAUAACAGUUUCUCGCUGGCAAACCUGGCAUGGGGCUGAGGGCCUGGAACUUGCUGCACCGGGUACCGCAGUACUUCCGCUCCCCUCCGCGCCGCUCUGCGUCAGCGGAAAGGGCUGAGCUCUCGUCGCUGCUGCCCCAGCAGCCGUCGGCUGGUGGGGGGUGGGUUGCUGCCGCUGGGGCCCGCUGGAAAGGACACAGGCAAGCCCCGACAUGGCUUUGCUGGGCACAGUACAACCCUAAUACUCUCCCUGGGAGGACAUCUGUUGUACAUCUCUUUGAAUGGCGCUGGGCCGAUAUUGCUCUUGAGUGUGAGCGCUAUUUAGCUCCUAAUGGAUUUGGAGGAGUUCAGAUUUCACCUCCAAAUGAAAAUGUUAUCAUUACUGACCGCUGGCAACCCUGGUGGGAAAGAUACCAGCCCAUCAGCUACAAGCUGUGCACACGAUCUGGAAAUGAAACUGAAUUUAGAGACAUGGUGACCAGAUGCAACGAUGUUGGAGUACACAUUUAUGUGGAUGCAGUAAUCAACCAUAUGUGUGGAGCUAAUGCUGGUGCUGGCAACCAUGCUACUUGUGGAAGCUAUUUCAGUGCAAAGACUGAAAAUUUUCCAGCUGUGCCGUAUUCUGGCUUCGACUUUAAUGAUGGUAAAUGUAAAUCUCAAAGUGGAGACAUUGAGGAUUAUCAUGAUAUAACUCAGGUCCGAGACUGUCGCUUGACUGGCCUUCUUGAUCUGGCCCUGGAGAAGGACUAUGUACGCUCAAAAGUUGCUGAGUACAUGAACCAUCUCAUUGAUAUUGGCGUAGCAGGCUUCCGAAUUGAUGCUGCCAAGCAUAUGUGGCCUCAAGAUGUGAAAGCAAUUUUAGACAAGCUGAAAGAUCUAAAUACUAAAUGGUUUUCUGCAGGAACUAAACCUUUCAUUUACCAGGAGGUAAUUGACUUGGGUGGAGAGCCGAUCACAGGCAGUGACUACUUUGAGAACGGCCGAGUGACAGAAUUCAAAUACGGUGCCAAACUGGGGACGGUGAUCCGCAAGUGGGAUGGAGAAAAGAUGGCUUACUUAGUGAACUGGGGAGAAGGCUGGGGCUUUGUGCCUUCCGACAGAGCCCUGGUUUUUGUGGAUAAUCACGACAACCAGCGGGGGCACGGGGCCGGUGGAGCUUCCAUUCUGACCUUCUGGGACUCCAGGCUUUAUAAGAUGGCAGUUGGUUUCAUGCUCGCUCAUCCGUAUGGGUUCACGCGUGUGAUGUCGAGUUUUCGCUGGCCAAGAAAUUUUGUAAACGGAGAGGAUGUCAAUGACUGGGUUGGACCACCAAGCGAGUCGGAUGGCUCGACAAAGGCCGUUACAAUCAACGAAGACACUACCUGUGGCAAUGACUGGGUUUGUGAACAUCGCUGGCGUCAAAUCAGGAACAUGGUUGUCUUCCGUAACGUGGUGGACGGUGAGCCGUUCUCCAACUGGUGGGACAACGACAGCAACCAAGUAGCUUUUGGCCGUGGCAGUAAAGGCUUCAUCGUUUUCAAUAAUGAUGACUGGGAUAUGAACGUCGAUUUGCAAACUGGGCUGCCUGCUGGUACCUACUGUGAUGUUAUUUCUGGAGAUAAGGAGGACAACCGAUGCACUGGAAGCCAGGUGUAUGUUUCUGAGGAUGGACUGGCUAAUUUCCAGAUUAGUAGCCAGGCUGAAGAUCCAUUCAUGGCAAUUCACGUUAAUGCCAAGUUGUAGCUCGGGAGAAACGUCCUUCUCCGUUUGGUCUCUGCGUUACCGUUUCCCCCGCAACUGGUGACUCCCUGGUGUUUGAGCAGGAGUGAUUCUCUGUAUCUAGUGAAUAAUAAAUGGCAAGCAAAUUGAA